ACUUCCGCCCCGCCGUGGCCGAAACUGACACAAAGUAGCGGGCCGAGGCCCCGGGGGAGCGGGGCCGCAGCUGGGGGGGCGGGAGCCCGUGGGGAGCCGAGCCGAGCGCCCCCCGCCCCAGCCCCCGGCAUGGGCAGUACGGGGCCGCCGGGGCGGGCGCCGAGCGCUGAGCGCUGAGGGUCUCCCAUGGGAUUGCUGGGACCUUGCUGGGUGAGAUGGCACUGUGUGCAAAAAAGCGCCCCCCAGAAGAAGAAAGGAGGGCGCGGGCUAAUGACCGAGAAUACAAUGAGAAAUUCCAGUAUGCGAGUAACUGCAUCAAGACCUCCAAGUACAAUAUUCUCACCUUCCUGCCUGUCAACCUCUUUGAGCAGUUCCAGGAAGUUGCCAACACUUACUUCCUGUUCCUCCUCAUUCUGCAGUUGAUCCCCCAGAUCUCUUCCCUGUCCUGGUUCACCACCAUUGUGCCUUUGGUUCUUGUCCUCACCAUCACAGCUGUUAAAGAUGCCACUGAUGACUAUUUCCGCCACAAGAGCGAUAACCAGGUGAAUAACCGCCAGUCUCAGGUGCUGAUCAAUGGAAUCCUCCAGCAGGAGCAGUGGAUGAAUGUCUGUGUUGGUGAUAUUAUCAAGCUAGAAAAUAACCAGUUUGUGGCGGCGGAUCUCCUCCUCCUUUCCAGCAGUGAGCCCCAUGGGCUGUGUUACAUAGAGACAGCAGAACUUGAUGGCGAGACCAACAUGAAAGUACGUCAGGCGAUUCCAGUCACCUCAGAACUGGGAGACAUCAGUAAGCUUGCCAAGUUUGACGGUGAAGUGAUCUGUGAACCUCCCAACAACAAACUGGACAAAUUCAGCGGAACCCUCUACUGGAAGGAAAACAAGUUCCCUCUGAGCAACCAGAACAUGCUGCUGCGGGGCUGUGUGCUGCGAAACACCGAGUGGUGCUUCGGGCUGGUCAUCUUUGCAGGUCCCGACACUAAGCUGAUGCAAAACAGCGGCAGAACAAAGUUCAAAAGAACGAGUAUCGAUCGCCUAAUGAAUACCCUGGUGCUCUGGAUUUUUGGAUUCCUGGUUUGCAUGGGGGUGAUCCUGGCCAUUGGCAAUGCCAUCUGGGAGCACGAGGUGGGGAUGCGUUUCCAGGUCUACCUGCCGUGGGAUGAGGCAGUGGACAGUGCCUUCUUCUCUGGCUUCCUCUCCUUCUGGUCCUACAUCAUCAUCCUCAACACCGUUGUGCCCAUUUCACUCUAUGUCAGUGUGGAGGUCAUCCGUCUGGGCCACAGCUACUUCAUCAACUGGGAUAAGAAGAUGUUCUGCAUGAAGAAGCGGACGCCUGCAGAAGCCCGCACCACCACCCUAAACGAGGAGCUGGGCCAGGUGGAGUACAUCUUCUCCGACAAGACGGGCACCCUCACCCAGAACAUCAUGGUUUUCAACAAGUGCUCCAUCAAUGGCCACAGCUAUGGUGAUGUGUUUGACGUCCUGGGACACAAAGCUGAAUUGGGAGAGAGGCCUGAACCUGUCGACUUCUCCUUCAAUCCUCUGGCUGACAAGAAGUUCUUAUUUUGGGACCCCAGCCUGCUGGAGGCUGUCAAGAUCGGGGACCCCCACACGCAUGAGUUCUUCCGCCUCCUUUCCCUGUGUCAUACUGUCAUGUCAGAAGAAAAGAACGAAGGAGAGCUGUACUACAAAGCUCAGUCCCCAGAUGAGGGGGCCCUGGUCACCGCAGCCAGGAACUUUGGUUUUGUUUUCCGCUCUCGCACCCCCAAAACAAUCACCGUCCAUGAGAUGGGCACAGCCAUCACCUACCAGCUGCUGGCCAUCCUGGACUUCAACAACAUCCGCAAGCGGAUGUCGGUCAUAGUGCGGAAUCCAGAGGGGAAGAUCCGACUCUACUGCAAAGGGGCUGACACUAUCCUACUGGACAGACUGCACCACUCCACUCAAGAGCUGCUCAACACCACCAUGGACCACCUUAAUGAGUACGCAGGGGAAGGGCUGAGGACCCUGGUGCUGGCCUACAAGGAUCUGGAUGAAGAGUACUACGAGGAGUGGGCUGAGCGACGCCUCCAGGCCAGCCUGGCCCAGGACAGCCGGGAGGACAGGCUGGCUAGCAUCUAUGAGGAGGUUGAGAACAACAUGAUGCUGCUGGGUGCAACGGCCAUUGAGGACAAACUUCAGCAAGGGGUUCCAGAGACCAUUGCCCUCCUGACACUGGCCAACAUCAAGAUUUGGGUGCUAACUGGAGACAAGCAAGAGACGGCUGUGAACAUUGGCUAUUCCUGCAAGAUGCUGACGGAUGACAUGACCGAGGUUUUCAUAGUCACUGGCCAUACUGUCCUGGAGGUGCGGGAGGAGCUCAGGAAAGCCCGGGAGAAGAUGAUGGACUCAUCCCGCUCCGUAGGCAACGGCUUCACCUACCAGGACAAGCUUUCUUCUUCCAAGCUAACUUCUGUCCUGGAGGCCGUUGCUGGGGAGUACGCCCUGGUCAUCAAUGGUCACAGCCUGGCCCACGCACUGGAGGCAGACAUGGAGCUGGAGUUUCUGGAGACAGCGUGUGCCUGCAAAGCUGUCAUCUGCUGCCGGGUGACCCCCUUGCAGAAGGCACAGGUGGUAGAACUGGUCAAGAAGUACAAGAAGGCUGUGACGCUUGCCAUUGGAGACGGAGCCAAUGAUGUCAGCAUGAUCAAAACGGCUCACAUUGGUGUGGGGAUCAGUGGGCAGGAAGGGAUCCAGGCUGUCUUGGCCUCCGAUUACUCCUUCUCCCAGUUCAAGUUCCUGCAGCGCCUCCUGCUGGUGCAUGGGCGCUGGUCCUACCUGCGAAUGUGCAAGUUUCUUUGCUAUUUCUUCUACAAAAACUUUGCUUUCACCAUGGUCCACUUCUGGUUUGGCUUCUUCUGUGGCUUCUCAGCCCAGACCGUCUAUGACCAGUAUUUCAUCACCCUGUAUAACAUCGUGUACACCUCCCUGCCAGUCCUGGCUAUGGGGGUCUUUGAUCAGGAUGUCCCCGAGCAGCGGAGCAUGGAGUACCCUAAGCUGUAUGAGCCGGGCCAGCUGAACCUUCUCUUCAACAAGCGGGAGUUCUUCAUCUGCAUCGCCCAGGGCAUCUACACCUCCGUGCUCAUGUUCUUCAUUCCCUACGGGGUGUUUGCCGAUGCCACCCGGGAUGAUGGCACUCAGCUGGCUGACUACCAGUCCUUUGCAGUCACUGUGGCCACAUCCUUGGUCAUUGUGGUUAGCGUGCAGAUUGGGCUGGACACAGGCUACUGGACGGCCAUCAACCACUUCUUCAUCUGGGGAAGCCUUGCUGUUUACUUUGCCAUCCUCUUUGCCAUGCACAGCAAUGGGCUCUUCGACAUGUUUCCCAACCAGUUCCGGUUUGUGGGGAAUGCCCAGAACACCUUGGCCCAGCCCACGGUGUGGCUGACCAUUGUGCUCACCACGGUCGUCUGCAUCAUGCCCGUGGUUGCCUUCCGAUUCCUCAGGCUCAACCUGAAGCCGGAUCUCUCCGACACGGUCCGCUACACACAGCUCGUGAGGAAGAAGCAGAAGGCCCAGCACCGCUGCAUGCGGCGGGUUGGCCGCACUGGCUCCCGGCGCUCCGGCUAUGCCUUCUCCCAUCAGGAGGGCUUCGGGGAGCUCAUCAUGUCUGGCAAGAACAUGCGGCUGAGCUCUCUCGCGCUCUCCAGCUUCACCACCCGCUCCAGCUCCAGCUGGAUUGAGAGCCUGCGCAGGAAGAAGAGUGACAGUGCCAGUAGCCCCAGUGGCGGUGCCGACAAGCCCCUCAAGGGUUGAAGGCCGAGGAUGGAUGCCCUGUGCCAGUGACCAGAGCACCCAGGGCUGGCCAGUCACUGAGGGAACAGCGUCUCGGAACUGCUGGUCCUCAUUCCUUGCUUCCCGUCCCCCCGGUAGACUCUGUCCUGCUGGUCCCACCACACAUGGCUGGGACAUCUGUUCCCAGCUGUAGGCCCUUCCACCAGCUGGGGAGCUAGAGGGAGCAGGCCCAAGGGCAGAGCAGAGGCUGAGGCACGGGGAGCCAGCCCCACUCGGGGACCAGAAGUGGAACCAAAAACAAGAAAAAACUGUGAGAGAUUGUGUCUGCCCCUGCCCUGCCUGGGACCCACAGGGAGACUAUAAUCUCCUUAUUUUUUUACUCCUACUCCCCAGAGGGGCCCUAGUGCCUCUGUUCCUGAAUUACAUAAGAAUGUACCAUGCCGGGAAGCCAGAGACCUGCAGGGGCCUCGGCCCCUCACAUCGUGUAUGUCUCUCCUUGAUUUGUGUUGUGUCCAGUUUGGUUUUGUCUUUUUUUAUUUGGCAAGUGGAGGAGGCUUUUAUGUGA